GACUGCCUCUCCAUCCCUUUACAGUGAGGCCGUCGGGGUCCGGGGGUUGAUGCGGGGGCCGAUCGGGGGGGGUUCUGAGCCCUAGCAGCCAUUGGCCUCCUUUCUUCUGUCGGGUUAUUGGGAAUAUAAUCACACCGGGUGGUGUUUGCAUCGGGGUGGUUCCAUCAGUCAGCAAUCUCACCCGAUCCCGCAGGAACCCCCGGGGGGGUUCAUCGAGUGCUUCGUCUUCUGAACCGGAUGGGAAGUCAUCCUCAUCAUCAUGCAGAAUUUCAAUUCUGCGGGGGCGACGAGGCGGUGUUCGCUGCGGUUCAGGUUGUUGCGGUACUACUUCCCAUGUGAGCAGCUGGCUUUGUUUUUCUUCCAGCUGGGUGGGGGCGGCGGCCGCGGGGCCGUGAAGGGUAGCACCGAGUUCCUGGACCAGCAGUUUAGGCCAUGCCAGCCCUUCGUGGUGGAAUGCCUCAUCUUCGGUGUGAAUACUGUCAGAACAUUGCAUAUCCCCAUUGUGGACGAAUCUAUAUUUUGCAUACUGUUCUAUCUUGUCCAGGAAUUCAUUGACCACCAAGACAAUCGCUGCACCGACGUCCAUCCAGUCAAUAGACUGCACAUUGCUGUACUUUUCGACAGUGGCCAGAACCCGCGGGAUGCAGGUGCUGUAAAAUUUGUUGUUGGUGCAGCACCCUUUGUUGAUGUUGUUGGUGGUGGUACUGCGCCAGCUGCGCUUGCAAGAGAAAAUGGAGUUGGUCGUCGCAUUCUCUACGUAGCUGUACUAGUUCCUGCGCCUCACUGUGCAUACUUUGAUGACGUGGCAACAGCUGGUGUUGUUGCUGCUGUAUUGCUGCAGCUUGCUGUUGCUGUUGUUGGUGUUGGUGCCAUACCUGCUGCUGCAUCUGUUGGAGUUGCUGUUGCUGUUGCGCCUCUUGGGCUGGACCCUGGUAUUGUUGUGGCGAUACAUGUUGUUGUUGUUGCUGUAUUUGCAGCUGUGGCGCAAGGUGCUGAAAAUGCGGUUGUUGUGGCAACUGUUGCAGUUGUUGAGCUAUCGCCGUUUGCUCCUGCUGUGCCAUCUGCUGGUGUUGAUGCAUCGUCAGCAGCUGCUCUUGCAGCUGGUGUUGAUGCUGUUGUUGUUGUGGCUGUUGUUGCUGUUGUUGUUGCAACAGCCUUUGAUCUAGUUGUGCCGUCUGCUGGAGUUGUUGUAACGUCAACUGCUGCUCUUGCUGCUGUGGCAAUCUCCGAGUUUCCUGGUGCUGUAGCUGUGGAGGUUGCUGCAGUUGUUGUGACAUCUGCAUCUGCUCCAGUUGUUGUUCGGGUUGCUGCGACGAGAUUUGCUCCUGCUGUGCCUUGUGCUGGUGCUGUUGUAGCAUCAGCUGCUGGUCUUGCUGGUGUUGCGCUGCCUGAGAUUGGAGAUGCUGCUGCAGUAUGAGUUGGUGUUGCAGAUGAGAUAUCAUCUGCUGCUCUUGUUGUUGUUGGGGUUGCUGCAGCGGCUGUUGGUGCCCCGGUG